AAAGUUAUCGUGCCUCUCGACUCGCCAUCUUUUAUGGCCACGCGUGCACGUUACUUUACAGUCCUUGAUCAAUUAAGGAGCAAUGGUAGCAAAAUUUUCUGGCAUGAUGAAACCUGGUGUACAAUAGGGACUUGUUACAUAGUUCAGUAUAGUAUUUUCGGAGACUUAAGUAAAACAUGGGUGAAAACAUGUAUCAUAAUAUAAAUAGAAUAGAACUUACUUGAAAGUAGUAGAUUGUUGAAUUUAAACUAGUAGAAAAUAUAUUUCGUAAGUUUCUAUAAUUCCAAAGCAGUCACUAGGAAUACUUAUGUUUUUCAUGUUUUGACUUACAUUCUCUAAAAAAUAAGAACAUAUUUGACUAAGGAAUUUUUCCAAGUUUUCGAACGCUUAGGAUAUAUAGAUAAUAGUACUUGAUUAUUAGUUUACUUGAAUUUUUAUUAACUAAAACUAUUAAUUAGGAAAAAAUUCAUAUCGAAUUUCAGAACAUUUGAACUAUUUUAAUAGAAAACCAAAGUGAGAAAUAAAACUUAGUUUUUCCUAUAUCACAAGUUAUUUUAUAGAGUUUGAAAAUUUUUUUUUUAUCUUUGAGUGAAGAAAUUAGAUUUUUACUACUUUUUUUAUUUUAACACAAUAGGCCUCGGCAUUUAUAUGAAUACUUAUGCAUCAUGAUUUACGAAUAUAUAUCUUGUUCUUUUUAUUUUUAGAGCUUUCAACCACCAAAAAAACCAUUCAAACUUAUGAACUAUAGUGAUGGUAUUGAAUGGCUUAAAGAAAAUUAUAUUAAAAAUGAAGAAACUGGUAAAUUUUAUGAAUUCGGUGAAGAUAUACCGGAAUUACCCGAACGAAGAAUGACGGAUACUAUUAAUGAACCUAUAUUAUUCUGUCGAUUUCCAGCUGAAAUUAAAUCAUUCUAUAUGCAACGAGAUCCAAAUGAUAAUCAUUUAACUGAAUCGGUUGAUGUAUUAGUACCUGGUGUUGGUGAAAUUAUUGGUGGUAGUAUGAGAAUGACAAAUUUUGAAGAUUUAUCUGAAAGUUUUCGUAAAAAUGGUCUUUAA